GUCAAAAAACAUAAAAAUAGGAGCGGAGCUUGUGAUCUAGAUUGGCCGUUCCGUAACUUCCGUUCCACACAGAAACAGUUACACAUUCAACGCAUCUAUUUACUCACAACUCAAUAGCGAGGUACACUUCUCUCUUUUCUUCUAAUAAUUGUUUCAAUUCAAUUUUUCCCAUAACAUAACUCAUCAUUCAUUCUGCCUUACAUUUGAGUUUCCCAUCCCAAAUAAACACACAACCACUCUGUCUAGUUUCAACGUAAAUAAAUAAUGAAGAGAGGACUACCGCUUUUACAUAACAAUCAUGCUGAAAACAACAUAGACCUGCUUAGUGAUUUACCCGAUUGCGUUUUACUUCACAUAUUAUCCUUUUUGACCACCAAAGACGCACUUCAAACUUGCAUACUCUCCAAAAGAUGGAACCAUCUCUGGAAACAUCUUCCCACCCUAACAAUACACUCCUCACACUUUAAGUAUGUAAAGGUUUUCAACAAAUUUGUCUCUCGAAUUUUGUCUCUUCGCGAUAACUCCACCGCACUCCACGCACUCGAUUUUCAUCACUAUGGAAUCGUAGAGAUUCGUCUACUCAAAAGAAUUAUAAAAUAUGCAGUUUCACACAAUGUCCAACGAUUACGUGUCACUUUGAUGUUCAAAUCCAAUAUUAAACCCUUUCUACCGUCUUUUUUUUCAUGUCAAACUUUAACGUCCGUUAACGUUUCUCUUGAUCCUCUUCCGAAUCAUAUGAGACCAUUAUUUCCUAAUUAUUUGUAUUUGCCCGUAUUAACCACCUUGUCUCUACGGUCCUUUGCCUUUUGUGUUGGCGAUGAUGGUCGCGUUGAGCCCUUUUCAGCGCUAAAAAGGUUGGAUAGUUUGAGCAUUAAGUGGUGUGAAGUUUUGGAUGCACAAAAUCUUUGCAUAUCAAGUAUGGCACUUGUCAAUUUGACUAUAGUAAUGUAUGGUUAUGAUCCUGAUACCUUUUUUGGAAUCGAACUAUUUGCACCAAGUCUUUUUAAAUUUGAUUUUAGAGGUAUUCCUUUUCAAAGACUCUGUCUACGCAACAACGGUCUCUCUUCUAUCAAACAUGCAAAUAUUGAUGUAGUAAGUGUGUUGAAGUCUAUGGUAACAAAAAAUAAAGAAUGUUUGUUGAAUUCUGUGAAGACUUCAUGUGUUCUACACAAUUGGCUGAUUGAGCUUGCUAAUGUUGAAUCAUUGACAGUUUCUUUAACUACUCUUGAGGUUCUCUCCUUAAAUCCUGAUUUAUUGAAGGUUGAAUUUUCUUCUUUAUAUAACUUGAAGUCACUAAAAGUAAAAGCAGACCCGUCGUUUAUAACUGAUGGAGUAGUCAACUUUUUGAUUCAAAAUUCACCAGCAGCAGAAAUUGACAUCAUACUAGACAGUGAUUAA